UCCCGCUCCAUAAACAGGUUAGCUAAGUUUGUCCCAUCAAAUGCAGUCUUGCUGCCGCAUAAGUGAAACCAAAUGCAGUUUGAGAAUAAUUUGAGAAUGUUGUUUGGUUGUUUUGUACUUUGAUCGAUUAUGUACUUUGAGAAUGCUGUUUGGUUUGAGAUCAUGUUGUUUAAACUUGAUGUUUGAGAAUGUUGUUUGGUUGUUUUGUACUCGAUCCUAAACAUGCAUUUGAACGAUUAUGUAGUUUAUUCAGUAAUUUUGCAGUUUGUUGAUUAUUAUAUUAUCUAUCCUUAUUUAGUUUAUUCAGGUUUGUUAUCCGGUAUAUUCCGAUUUUAUUCCGGUAUUACUCCGAAACGGUAUCCUGAAUCUGCCGGUACGGUUUUUUAACAAAAAAAUAUUUUUUAAAUACAGAACCGGUAUUUUACCGGUACAGAACGAUUGAACCACGGUCGUACCACAAAAUACCCUACCACCGACGGGGCCGGUAUGACUUCCGGUACGGUUUCCUUUACCAUGAUAUAAACCCACCCCUUCCUCCCAUUUUCUGCACACCAAACCCCCAUUCUCCUCUCUCUCUCUCUCUAAGUUCCUCACUCUACUCAUCCCCCUCCCCCACCCAAAAACCUUGGAAGUAGUUGUUUUGUUGGUUGCGGCUAAGUCGAUCUGCCUUCAAAAAACUUUUUCUUUGGUUUUCACUAAAAAACCGUCGAAUCUCUGUCCAGAUUCUGAUAAAUGGCUGAUUUUAUCCAAGAAGAGGGUAUUUACUAUGAUGAUUAUCAAGCGGUACGUACUCAUUUUACCCAAUUUUUGUUGUUGUUAUAAUGGUUUAUUUAAUUUAUAUACUAAUUGAUUUAUGUUGUGUUAUGCUAUCGUAGGUUGGGCCGGAUGUUGAUAUAUACAAUCAACGAUAUUAUGUUGAUCAAGGAACGAUUGAUCCGACUAUUUUAUACGAUCAAUACAAUCAUCGUUCAAGAGACGUUUGGAACAACCACAAGGUACAUAUUAUUUAUCAUCACUUGUAAUAUUUAUUUUGUUAACGUAAUUUAUUUGUUUGUACAAUAAGUUACUUAAUUGUUAAUCGUAUUGAUUAUUUUCAAUAAUUUAAAUCAAUACAAUACAACACUUAUUUAGACUCUUUAUAAAGAAAUGCAUGUCUAAGGAAAUGGGGUCUUAAGCGAUCAUCAUGAUCCUCCCAUUAUCUGGGAAAAUCGGGUUAUAAGCGAUCCUCGGAUCCCCCCUUUUCUGUCAAACAGACUGUGUUUCUAAGGUGCCAUCCAUGCAGGUAAUCUGAGUGCACAUUUGAUGAAGCUCUUCAAGCACCGGUCUCGUACAGACCUUCAUUUUAUAAAAAUUGCCACCCACGUAACUUACACCAUUUUCGGUCUCUUCCGUAUAACCAUUCCACCGCAACCCAAGCGUGAACCUUUGGAAUGCCAUCUGCAAUAAAAUUGUAAUUAAGUUACUAACAUAAAAAUCACAAAGGACAAUGAAAAGUAAUACAAAACAAACUUACGAAUUAACGUUAAUCACAAAAACUAAAUAAUUUAAAGUUGCACAACUAAAAUUUGAAGAAGAAGGAGGAGUGAAGUGAAGAUUUUGAGUUUUUUGGACUAGCCUUUUAUAGGCAAAUUUACACUACAACCCGCAGGGAGGGAGCGGUUUUAGUCUGGCAUGCAGCCCUCACCCCUGCAACCUCCUGCAUGCCGACAUGUCGGAUGCCGGGUGACCAUGCACAAACCGCUGGUGUCGACAUGGUAAACCGCUUCUCUGUGGAGCGUUUUAUCAUGCCGACAUGUAACCGCUCCCUGAGGAAGCGUUUUUUCGUAGGGCAGCAAUGAAAACCACUCUUUGGAAGAGCGUUUUUGCCAAAAUAGGCAAACCGCUUGUUGACCAGGCGGUUCUAUGGUAAACCGCGGUCUGGUUGUGCGGUUUCUAUAUUAACCGACCCUUAGUGGAGCGGUUUUUAAUAAACGGUGGUAUUUUUUGAAAUUCUUGGGAAUGGGUGGUAUUUUUUUAAUUUUUUUUUAAAACAAUGGUAGUUUUGGAUUUUUUCCAACAUCGCCGAACUCCACGAAGUGAUGGCGAGCAAGUCAAAGAUAAAAAUCUGCAUCGAGCUCUUCCGAGGCAGCAAGAUUUUCUCCAAGAUUGAGAGAGGCUAGUUGAGAGAUGACGUCGCCAGUGUGUACUUCCAACAAGUGAUCUCUGCCAUUGAUUCUGCCACAACCGCGACGUCUACCGUGGAGAUAUGAAAUCAGAGUUCCGCCCAUGUUCUCCUCUGAGUCUUGGUUAUGGAUUGGGAUUUGGAAUCAACAAUCUGGGUUGUCGAUGAAGGGGUUCGGCGAUGCAUUAGACGAAGAGAAGAAGAGGCAGUGGAUGUGUAAGAUCUGGAAAUUGCAAACGAUGGAGCCAUAUAGGGUUGGUCAGCGAGGUGGAAGAGAUCGGCUGGCGGGUAAGAUUGGUUGGGGAAGGGUGUGAAGUUUUUUGAAGAGAGGGGACGAUGAGUCUUGUCCCGUCAUUCUCUAUAUUUGUUUUUAUUUUUCAGUUAAUUAUAAUGAAAGGGGAAUUAAACA